AAGGGGCGCUAAGAAGGACAGUACAGUUUUGAUUGUGUUUAUCUAUCAUUUUCCCAAUUUUGUUUGUUAAGAUCUAACAACUUCAUAGAGAACUUAUUUUCAAGCCCAUAUACAACCAAACAGGGACAAGAAAUUCCAAUUCUAAUCUCUGGUUUAACAAAUCCUACAAAGCAACAAACACUACUCGCAGAUAGUAACCUUCGAACAAUCCACCCCGCCGCCACCAUGGCAACCAUACCUGGUAGCUAUACUCUGUCCGCAAAUGUUUUCACAAUCUAACCAUUACUGUAGUUAUUAUCAAGCAUCAGGGGAAGAAAUACGAUGUUGAGCUCGAUCCUACAUCCAACGGCGAAACGUUGAAAUACCAGCUCUAUUCCCUCACUGGUGUUGAGCCAGAACGUCAAAAGAUUUUGGUCAAAGGUGGCCAACUUAAAGAUGACACCGACCUCUCGAAGAUUGGUGCCAAGCCAGGUCAGACAUUUAUGAUGAUGGGAACACCUGCAGAAGGAGGAACAUUCUCUAGACCGAAGGAAGCAGUUAAAUUUGUUGAGGACAUGACCGAAGCAGAAGCUGCACAACAAGUAGGCGCAACGCCGGCUGGAUUGCAGAACCUGGGAAAUACCUGUUAUCUCAACUCAUCUCUACAAACUCUCAGAGUAAUUCCAGAAUUGCAAAAUUCGCUGCAGAAAUACACACCGGAUGGGCAAAGUGGCUCUAAUCUGCUCGGUGGAUUUGGACUUGGACCUUUGGAUUUGACAGCUGCGAUGCGAGAUUUAUACAAGCAGAUGUCAGAAACACAAGACGGGUUCCCACCACUUAUGUUCCUCAACGCUCUACGACAAGCGUUCCCACAAUUCAACGAGAAAGCGAAGAAUGGACAUGGCUUCGCGCAACAAGAUGCCGAAGAAGCCUGGACGCAAAUCCUCCAGGUACUACGAUCAAAAUUGAAGAUUAAAAAUGAAGGUGGCAUCCUCGGAGGGUCUUCAUCUGCUGAAGUCUCUUUUGUCGACAAAUAUAUGGCUGGAGCAUUCAAAUCUGUUACUGAGUGUGAUGAGCCAGCGGCAAAGGAUGGAGGUGAACAACCGGUCCAUGGAGAAGAUGUUUUCUUGAAGCUGGAUUGUCACAUUAGUGGCGCAACCAACCAUCUCCGGGAUGGGAUCGUUGCAGGAUUGGAGGAGAAGAUUGAAAAGAGAUCCGAAGUUCUUGGUCGCGAUGCAAUCUACACCAAGAAAUCGAAAAUUUCACGCCUGCCUAAAUAUCUUACUGUCCAUUUCGUCCGAUUCUUCUGGAAACGCGAGGCUCAAAAGAAAGCAAAGAUUAUGCGCAAGGUCACAUUCCCUGAUGAACUGGACGUCGUUGAAUUCUGUACGGAUGAGCUCAAGCAAAUGUUGAUCCCUGUUAGAGACAAGGUUCGUGAGGUACGAAAGGAAGAGGAAGACGUUGAACGUGCUCGCAAGCGUCAAAAGCGUCUCCAUGAUAAAGAAGAGGCUGACAAAAAAGCUGGCCUUGUUGACGAAACACCUUCAUCUUCAUCAAACAAAGACGAGAAGAAGGAGACUAAAUCCAAAGAUGGCGAUACUGAAAUGGAGGAGGUUGUUUAUAAGACCGACGCGGAGAUUGAUGCCGAAAAGACCGCUGCAAUCUUGGAAGCCAAGAAGGAGUUACACGCAUUGAUCAAUCCUGAGCUUGCCAAGGAUGAUGGGGCGAACAAAUCUGGUCUUUACGAACUUCGUGGCAUUGUUACCCAUCAAGGUUCCAGUGCAGAUAGUGGCCACUAUACUUCAUAUGUCAAGAAGCAAGGACCACUUGAUCCCAAGACAGGCGUACGUGGUGAGGAAGAUGGAAAAUGGUGGUGGUUCAAUGAUGACAAGGUAUCGGAGGUUGAACCUGAGAAGAUCGCUACUCUUUCUGGUGGUGGAGAAUCUCAUUCUGCGCUCAUCUUGCUUUACAAGGCCAUUCCUUUGCCUACCGCUGAAGGUCUCAACCAGUAAAUUUCAGAUGAUUGCUUUGGAGAUGAGGGAUUGCAUAGAUAGUGAGCGAAAAUGUGUGCAUUGUACGUGGUGGGAAAUAAAGUAGCGAUGAAUAACGAGAGACCACGAUUAUGAGAACGAGAUACAGGAUUAGAAUUUAAAAACCUAUGGUAUCAUGUUAUCUUUUCAUCUGAUAUCAUAUGAUUUUGUGCUAUGCA